AUGUUAUUUCUUUGCAAAAAAUCAUCAGCUUACCUUCUAUGUGCUCACGGUGUUGCUAUAUUGAUACAUAUGAAAACUGUCUGCUCCUUUACAACUGCUUCGGGUUUGGUUUGGUUUGUAUCUUCUCUUCACCUACCCAUAGAGGGCCAAGUGGCUGUAUUUUCCCCGAUUUUUCUACCCCAGAUGUGUGAUCUGUGGCUUGAUGAUAUGGUGAUGGGAAGGAUUCAAAUAAGGGUAUCUUGCAACCAACGUGUUAUUCAAUAUAUUGCAAUGAUUUUGAUUAUUGCCACUUAUGUUUUCCAUCCUUGUAUUAUCUUGCACAGUCAACUAAGCUUUUCACAGAAAAUGCCCUUUAAGCGAGUGCUUAGCACCGUGAACACAUGUUAG